GGGCGCAGAUACGGUACGGUUCCACGAGGGCGCGCAGUGCUUGCCGCGUCGCUGGCAGGGUCGUUCGCGCGUCGUGUCGUAUCGGCGUCUGGUUCAUCGCUGCUGCUGUCGUCGUCGUCGUCAUCGCCGUCUGUACAUCGUCUCCCACGCGUCUCUAAAUACAGAAAGGUAGAAGGAGUGUCGGGGGCUGCCACGAGCACGCACGUCACCCGUGAAUCACGUCGCACGCUGCCAUGGAUCACGUCGGCUUGCUGCUACAGCACUCGCAAUACGUGUACGCGAUUCCCGUGGGCAUCGUGGUGAUCCUCGCCGUUCUCGUGUUCGCCUGCGGCUUCAAGCAGGCCGAACAGCCGCCGUUCGCCCAGCUCUCCGCGGUUUCCGACGUGGACCGGAAGCUAGCCAAGAAGCGCGGCAAGAUCCGUGAGAAGAAAGCUACUAAUGGACAAGUCAAUUCUGAGAAAACAAGUCCAGUUAAGAAGACAUUAGCUGCGAAAACAGAAGCAUCAAAGAAAACCAAUGCAAAAGGGGAUGACGUUGACGGCAAGUUGAAGGAGAAUAAGCAGGAUGACAAGGCUGCUGUGACCAAAAAGGAAAAGGAGCAAUCCUCGACUAAGACUAGUAAAGAGAACAAGAUGGAACAGGUGAAGAACAAGAAAAAUUUAAAGAAUUUGUACCAAGAAAAGCCAGUGGACUUUGAUGAUGGAGACUGGGAACAAGCUUAUUCACGCAAGGAUAAGAAGAACAAGAAGAAGGAAGAAGAAUCCCCUUCGAAGAAGAAUAAAAAAGCACCUAAGAAGGCUGAUCUGAUUAACGAAGCCAAGCAGAAGGAACAAGAGAAGCCUGAAAUCAUCAAAGAUAAGACCGCCAAAGAAACGGAAAAUAAGGAGCUGAAGGAAAAAGAGAAGAAAGAGGUGAUCCUCGCGCCUCUCUCCAAUGAGGAGGUAGAUGAAGCAAAGGAAGCGCAGAAAGAACAAAACAAGGAGAAACUCGAGAAAGUCGAGAAGGAGGAGAAAAAAUCAAAGUCGAAGAAGAACAAGAAACCUUCUGAAAGUGAGAACACGCCCGCUUCGGUGCCUUCUACACCAAAGUCGGAUAACAAGCCCGUCGCGGCAGAACCGCAGAAAGAAGCAGCUAAAGAAGUGGAGAAGGCGGCUAACAAUAACGCGGAGGAAAAUAAAAUAGAGGAGACUAAAGAAGAGAAGGCCGCUGUGUUCGACGAGUUAGGAGACGUCUGGACAGAAGCGAAGCCCCAGAAGAAGAGUAAAAAAAAGGCUCGCAGGGAUAACUGAGGAUGAUUACGCGUAACGCUAGCGCUGUUGUCCCUCGCGGACGGGAAUAGAGUGAGAAUCCUCGAAUCCGAGGUCCGAAGGAUGUUUGUCGCUCUCGACGAAUCAGGUGUGUUUCAAGUGACUUACUGAUCGCGACCGCCUGACCAAAUCGUUCCUUUCCCUUGUACAUAAUACCAGUUGUACUAGGUUGUUCAAUUGAUUACGAUUCCUUAGCUACGACUUGAGAAUCGACGUGAGAGCGGUGCAUAUAGAACGAAGAAUUUUGUAUGUCUUUCCUCGUAUCUCUCGGUCUGUUACUUUGCAUUUAACGAGAGUGGCGUAAGUCGUAGCUCUCGCGCUACUAGACGAUUCUUGUACGCAUAUUGGGUUUCUUAUUAGGUACGUUUAUGGAUGUCUAUAAAAUAGUGCGUUAUUUCAUUUAUGUAUGUAAAAGAUACUACGUAGAGUGGAUUUGCAUCGCAAAGUUCUUCAACGACUAGGAAUGGUACUUAUGCCAUUUAUAUCCCUUUCGUCGCGUGAUCUUACGAAGGCUACUCUGUACAGUCAUAUUAUUCCUAUAUUAAGGUGAAACAACAGUCGUGUACGCAUUGUCAUCUCGUUGUUACUUAAAUGCCGGUUCCAAUCUCAUUGAUACGUCUCAUAUUACAUUGUAUGCGUGUCGAACGGUUUAAAAAACAUAUAGAAAGUACGUGUCGUGCAUAUUUCACCAUGAUGUUUAUAAUGCGAGUUAUGGGGACAAUCUUUUGAAAAGCGGUAGACUCAUUGCUGAUAUAUCGAGCCGAUGAAAUAAUAUAUCAUAUUUUUCUACGUAAUUAGCCGUUAGUUAGACAAAUUAUUUUCCGCCUCUGAGGAAUUUCUCUUACAGCAAUUAACAUAUUCUUAUACGUUUGAGAUGUGUCAGUAAUAUGAGUUUCGUGGAGCGUCAUAGAAAAAUAUCGCAUAGAUAGAAUGGCGGUGGCGAUAGAAGAUUAUAUCUGUGUGGUAACACGGACAAUGAAUGAUCUAUGCUGAUGCGUGAUGUCUGCAAUAGACACACACACAUGUACAUAUAUAAAUGUUGAAACUGACAGAUGAAAGCUGUAUGUUAUCUUGCGAUGAUUCACAGAUAAUGAUCUGUUAAUUAAUUGAUGUGUGUCAUUUCACAUUUCUGAAAACUUAACGAGGACCCCUCGGGCGAAAGAAAAUUUAUUUGAGAGAAAGCAAGUAGAUAUAAUAUUUUUGCAACGUAUAGGUGUGUACAUAUGUAUACUGUUACGAAUAGCGUUAGAAAGAGACACUGAUUUCUCGAAUUAAGAUUUUAAUAACGAGAAAAAUGUAUAUUUUUAUUUUUAUUAUAUACAAUAUUUUCAUCACAUAUAAAAACUGACAAUUUUAUUUGUUUAAGCAUUUUGCAAUGCUGAUAUGCAUAUUGCUUUCGUACACCUUUGACCAUGCCUUUACCACAAUUUAAUUAAGACACUGGAAACGCUGUGGUAAUAUCACAGCUAUGGUAAUCAUAAUUAACAAUAGAUGAUUUCAUCUUUUGUUUUUUUUUGCGAAAGAAGUGUAAAGACAGGAGAAAACGGGAACGAUUAGAAUGAUAUUUUUAUAUUGACUGACUUUUGCAUCCUGUUGUAUCAGGUGUUUCUUUACACAACUCUUUUAGAUGUUCUAUCAAACGUAGACAUUUUGCAUAAUUGAGUAAUAUCAAUCAAGUCGAUCAGAACUAUCAUUUCAUCAAAACUAAUGUUUUCAUCCAGCCAUUCAUCUCACAUCAUAAAGAUAGAUGAUAGUUAAUUCUUUUAAUAAUGCGCUAAAAAGUGAAAGGACUUUAUGUAUCUUACAUAUUUUAUUAAUAUUGCCCAUUAGAGCGCCGUUAUCCCGUAUCGCUAUCAAGUGCUAAGCUCUGAUGAGAUUAGCGCUGCGUAAGAGUGUUAUGCAUUGGGGAUAUGAGAGAGAGCUGAUCGAGAUUACAUUUCUCUCAGAAUGUUCUAGCUUAUAUUUUACUAGAAAAUGUGUGUGUGAGAAAUGACAUUAUAUAAAUAUACAUAUUAUAUAUAUACACAUAAAAGAAAAGAUUAUAUAUUCGCAAGAGUGACUUGACAUAAAUGAAGGUUGCUAUCGUUGCUAUAGGAUAUACUUUACAACCACGUUUAUUCUAAAUGAUUUACGAAUCAAGAGCUAUCCAUUAACGCGUAAAAUUAUUAUAACGAUAGUUUUAAGAGGAAGAACGCGCGCGAAUGAGAGAGAGAGAGAGAGAGAGAGAGAGAGAGAGAGAGUGAGGAUGUAUAAUUAUAUAUAAGUUGUGAGCAUUGUUUGAAUGCUGCGAGCUAACGUUCAAUCAUUCAUACGUUUCUACGUGUGGAAGAGAGAAAUCUUGGAGAGAAGUAUCUAUUCCGUUCGGAUAUGGCCGUUCGUAUUUUGUACAUGCUCUGGAUAUUGAUGUAUUCUUUAUAUAAGUAUGCAUACAUGCACAUUACGAUGAUUGUUAUAUAUAUAUAUAUAUAUAUAUAUAUAUAUAUUAUAAGGCUCUGACAUUACGUGCAAAUCCGGGAAGAUGUCAGAUUAUAGUUAUAUAGAAUUACAAAAGGGCGAAAAAGAGGGGGAAAAAAAUAGAAGUCAUUCAUUCAGUUUAAAUUAUACAUCCAUCGGAACGAAAUUCAAAGAACGAUUGUUACGCGCAAAUCGAGUCACUCGCGUCAGCUGUAUGCGUACUGUGCCAAAAAGUAUCGUCUCUCUUUUAAAUCAGCUUCGAAUCUAAACUUCGUAAUGUAUAAACCAAGUGAUGCUAUAUUGUAUGUUCUACUACAUUACGGCCACUCCGUACGUUCAUGUCUUUCAUCGAUGCCUGCAAGGCACGCGAAUUUUCUCUCACAUCGUAUUACGCAUCGUCUAUCCUUUUACGACAUUACGAUUACUUCCCCAUGGGAAUUCAAUGUUAAUUCCGUCGUCGGUUAGUCAGCGUCAAUGCGAUUACCUGAAUAGCUAAUUUAGUGUACGCGAUAGAGCCAAAUUUUUUCUACCUUCUGUGAAAUCGUUUCCUUUGAUUUGUGUCCCUGUGCAUUGCAGGGCGACGGGACGGGUGUACGCGAUUGUCGUACACAGCAAAGAGUGAUAGGUAAGAAUAUCAUGAGCAGUGUCGAAUCCAUUGAAAUGUAAAACUGAGAAAUAGCAUUAAAAAAAUAGCCACUUAAAUAGAAUAUUAACGAUAAUAGUACGGUUAUUUAUCGUAUUUCUUUUGGCAUUUAAUUUAAUUUACAUUGCAAUCUGUAGCCGAAAUAAGUGCGAGUCAAAUUUUGAUUUGACGCUAGUGAAAAUUUUCCUUAAACAAAACAGUAAGACUCGCAUAGAGCUUCGAGAGUGACUCGACACUGUUCGUAAUGAUCCAGCUGUUAGUUUAAUGAGCUAGUUAACGGAGUACUUAACGCUUAUGCGAGGAGAAAAUGAAGAGAAAAGGAGCGUGGAAACGGCUUUCGAAUUGCACGCUGACGAGAUAAUGUAUUAGGGAGAUUAGCAUAUUUUUCUAAGUACUGUUUCGAGUAGAGACUAACAUUGUCCACGUGGCAUGGUAUACGCAGGCAUACGGAGUACAGCCGAACUUGUGCGGAUCAUGCAUCAUGUAUUCCAACUACCACGUGUACCUAUUUCACGUGUAUUAGAUGUAAACGGCCGCGCCUUGUAAGAUUCUGCUGAAGAUACGCGGUACCGAAGCUGGGGCAGGAACUGUUUUUCCUGUUGCGAAAUCGGCGGAGAUCUUCGAGCAAGAAUCGACUGAACGAGGACUGAGCAGAGA